CUUUAGCGAAUUACAAUAAAAUAAAUUACAUUAAAUAUAAUAUAAUAUAAUAUAGUAUAAAAAAAUAUAAUAAAAUAAAGACUUACAAUUUAUGAAAAAGGAAAUAAAGAUAAAAUAUAAAAUGAUAAAAAAAUAACAAAUGAAAUGAAUAUCGCUAUUAAAAGUGUACUACCAUUAUUGAUGUGUAUGAAAUUAUGUGUAUAACAUUGUCAUCAUAUUUGCAAUAAUUACAUCGCGAUAUUAUUAUUAUGUUCUGCUUAAGACUAUUUCCUCAAUUAUCAUUUAAUUAAUUUCAUGAAAUAGUGGUAAUUUUCCUUUUUUAUGUAAGUAUGAAUAAGUAUCAUUUACAUAAGAUGUUUAUUCCGUAUCAAACGUAGCAAUUUAGUAUUUAAAUCCAAGGAGAUAUUAAAAUGUAUGAUUAUGUAUCCAAAUCUUAUACGUAUUUUCCAUGUAGUAUAUUAGUGAAUUAUGAGCUUAUUGUCUCCCCAUUGCUUUUUGAAAAAUUCGCUAUUUUUUGAUGGUUUGGAAUGGUAUCUAUCAGUCUUUUAACGCAUUUGCUGAUCACAUUACUUUAAUAAAAAAUUAAAUAAAUUAAAAUGGUUUUUUCGUAUUAAAUAUAUAUUAGAAUUUGAUUUCAAUUAUAAUUUGCGACAGUUACACUUCAAGAUUCUGAAGCCCAUACUUGUUUAGCGUGGUAUUAUUUUUAACAUGACAAGAAAUCGCAGUAUACAUAGUACAUAUAUACAGAAUAGGUAGCACAUAUGCAUCUAAUAUAGAUAAUAUUGACAAUAAAUGACUAAUAAUGGAAAGCUAAAUGCGCAUUUAUUAAUAUUUCUAUUUUACGGUACGCUUCAAUCAAUAUCGCGAUAUUUUACGAAAUACUACAAUAAAUAUUAAUACAUUGCUUUUACUUUUUGUGUUAUGAAAAUUAACGAAGCAAAACAAUCGAGAAGUUAUAUAAAACGUGUUUGAAUGUAAAUAAAGAAGAAUAACAAGAUUAUGAGAAGAAUACAUGCUACAAAGGAUGUUAUUCUUUUUUAUUGAAACAAUGCAAAAAGGACAAUGUUAAGAAAAUAUUGCUGCAUAUUUUGUAGAUAAAAGUAUACCAAUAGGUUUUCUACAGUUGAAUAUAUUUAUAUAUUUGAUUAAUGGUAAGUAGAUGAAAAAACGAAACUUGAAAUUUAGUUAUUGCUUUUUUAUAGCGGCAAUACUUUCUCUUUAUCUUGGUUCGUUAUCACGAUGCGUGAUACAUUAUACAUAUGUAUAUCGUAUCUAUGGAACAUAUACAAACAUCGCGUAUAGUAUGAUUCACACUGGACUUUGCGCGUAUUUUUUAAUGGUUUCUUUGUUACAAUAUACCUUUGUUUUCAAUCAUAAUGUACAAAUGUAGUAAUGUACAAUAUCGUUAUAGUACCACCCGAUACAUUCAUGUACGUAUAAUGUUAAGAAUAGGGAAGCGGUUAAAGCUAUUUCAACUUCAGUCUUUUACAACGAUCUGCCGUGUACUGAGCGUUCGACUGUCCCUACGAGUUUUUCCAUUUUCAUUCAGUGAUUCUCUUUUAAACAAAAAACCGUAUGGCCUUAUUAAUGUUUUAGAUCUUCAAUAAUUUUAAAAUUCGUGUUGCUCUGACUAUUACACAUCGAUCACAAAUAAUUUUAUAGAACGUAAUCGAGUUUUUAAAAUUUUUGAAAAUGUUUUCAUAAACUCACUAGGGAAUUUUUAACGCGUGAAACAACUGAUCAAUCAUGUCCACAAAAUCGGAGUCCAAGGAGAAGCAGAACAGCGAUGGAAUGCAAAACACCCCAGUAUCACCAUCAUAUUCAAAAAUAACAACCCCUAUUGACAUCGAAUUCAAUGACUUAACUUAUACAGUACCUUGUGGUAAAAAAGGUACAAAAGUAAUAUUAAGAGGAAUUUGUGGACAAUUUAAAUCUGGAGAAUUAACCGCUAUAUUAGGUCCAUCAGGCGCCGGAAAAUCCACCUUAUUAAACAUUCUCGCAGGAUACAAAUCGGCUGAUAGCGUUACGGGACACAUAAGUAUCAAUGGACAAACACGAGACGAGAAUUAUUUUAAAAAAAUUUCAUGUUACAUAAUGCAAGAAGAUCUUCUUCAACCAUGGCUUACAGUACAAGAGGCAAUGCAAUUUGCUGUAGAUUUGAAACUUGACAACAUUUCCCAAAAAGCAAAAUCGAUCGCUAUAGAUGAAAUCCUAAAUAUUUUGCGAUUACAUCAUGCAAAAGAUACAACUACCGAAUGUUUAUCGGGUGGAGAAAGAAAAAGACUUUCGAUCGCUUUGGAACUCGUGAGUAAUCCUCCUGUUGUGUUUCUUGACGAACCAACUACAGGACUAGAUGAAAUAUCAGCUGCACAGUGUACCGACCUUUUAAAAUCUUUGGUGCGAUUGGGGAAAACGAUAAUCUGCUCCCUCCAUACUCCAAGUGCAAGCAUUUUCGCAAAAUUCGACCACAUUUAUGUUAUAGCCGCUGGCCAAUGUAUCUAUAGAAGCACUGUACAUAAUCUAGUACCAUUUGUUCGACAAAUUGGUAUCGAAUGCCCGAAACACUACAAUCCUGCCGAUUUUGUGAUAGAAAUAUCUGCGGGCGAAUAUGGUUCAGAAUGGAUAAGUCGAAUGAUAAAUGCUGUGGACACGGAAUUUCCUAUCGUUCCUGUUUCUCGACGAACGAGGUUCGAAUUUCAAUACAAAGCAAAAAUAUCGAAAGUGUCCUGGUUCAAACAAUUUGUUGUUCUAUCGAGAAGAAUGUUAUUACAGUUACGUAGAAAUAAGAGUUAUAUCUACUUAAAAAUAAGUUUAUAUAUAUUCCUGGGCUUCGUCGUUGGUAGUUUAUUUUUAAACAUUGGAAACGACGGGUCGAAAACCUUAUCCAACUUUACUUUCUGCUUUGCUUGUUUGAUAAUUCUCCUCUAUGUACCUAUGUCACCGAUAUUAAUGCACUUUCCUUCGGAAGUGCAAUUGGUUAAACGAGAAUAUUUCAACAUGUGGUACGAUUUGAGUCCCUAUUAUUGUGCAUUUACAAUAGUUAAUAUACCUGGACAGAUAUUACUAUCGUCGAUAUAUUUAUUGAUGGUAUAUGUGAUCACAAAUCAACCUCUGGAGUUGUCCAGAUGUGCAAUGUUUUUUAGUAUUUGCUUCAUGUGCGCAUUUAUCGCAGAAAGUAUGGCAUUAGUUAUAGCCAGCACGCUGAACAUCGUGAAUGGUACAUUUGUUGGGCCUGCAAUUUCCACUCCACUAGUGUUGGUAGCUAUACAAGGAAUCGGUGAAAUGGAAAGUUUAUCUAUCUAUCGUAAACUCAUAAUGUAUCUAAGUUACAUUCGAUAUGGUAUAGAAGGUCUUGUAGUUGCUUUGUACGGUUACAACAGAGAAAAGCUAUACUGUCCACCUGCGGAAAUAUUCUGCCCCUUCGGAACACCUCGACAAGUUUUACUAACAAUGCAGAUGGAACAUGUGGUUUUUUGGGUUGACAUUAUCGCUUUAAUAAUUAUCCUUAUCUGUCUAAGGGCUCUCUCUUAUUAUUUGCUUAGACAACGACUUAAGCCAAACAAAAUGUUUCAAGCACUUCAUUUCAUUGGAAGGAUAAUAAAAAAUCAUUUUAACAUCGACAAUUAAAACCUAGUCUUAUUUUGUAGUAGAAAUAUACGAAAUAUUGUUUUCGAAAAAGUAAUCGAUCUUUUAUGAUUUUUUUCCGAAUGUGAUGAAGAGAAGAUCACAUAACUAAAUUUAAUUUAAUGAACUUACAUUGUAAUUACAUAUUAGCAAAUCUAUGGUUACUAGUGAUUUUAAAUGAUUUUCUUCAUUCUGCCACUAAUUAGGUGCAAACGAUAAAAUGAUCUGAAAAGUUUAAAGUA